UAUAUACACACACACACACACAAACACACACAAAGCAGCUUAGUGCAGUAAAUACACAAAGAGACACGGUGGAAUUGAACACAAUGGACUCACACUGCCCCUGCUGAUACUAACAAGAACAGAGUCCAGCUACAGAUUCGGUUUAGUGGAGGGUUUAAUGUUGCCUCAGUCUAUUUUACUAUAGCACAUAUUAAUGUAUAAUCAAAUGCACCUCAUAAAAUGUUUAUUGAAAGCCAUUAAAAGCCUGAUAGUUCUCCUCCACCUGUUUGGAAAGACAGAAAGGAUUUUGCGCCCGGGCAGCCCUGCCCUGUGUAAGUGAAUAGCAGCUCCAGCACCACGUUGCCCCUUCCCAAGGCGCUGCCUUCUCUCACAUGUCACUGGGGCUCCCUGGAUUCUUGUUUGUGCCUAGUAAAACAAGUUUUAUUUUCUCAGGUCAAUAAUCAGAACAUGCCCCUCUCUGGUGCUGCCAUGUGGGUGCCUAUGGUUUAAAGGGUAAUUAAACAAAUUCGGCAAAGUGAUUAAAAAUGAAUGGCAGGCAGGGCUGAAAGGGAUGGCAAGAAAUAGUCCCUAUUUAGUGCUGCUUUAUAUUUUUACAAGGACUCCGAGUCUUUGUGCGCAAAGACGCAAUGUGCCCCCUGUCCCCCGUGCGCCUUUCUCUCUAUCUGUGCGCACUUACACUUUGAUUCUUAAUUGUAUGUGUUUUUAAUCACAUCAGCCCCGUUAAGCGGAUUGAUUUACUCAGUAUUGGUAAAUAUGAUCACGUGGGCUCCGCAACCAAUGGAUGGAGGUUGCAGUCUGCAAAAUACUAUGAUUGUUCUCAGGGAGGGUAUUGCAUACAGUUAAGAGUGUAACCUUUUAUAUGAGGGAGAGGGGAGCCCAAAAUGUCGUCAAGUGGGACCAUAAGUAACUAUUAUGUGGAUUCUCUCAUAGGACAUGAGAGCGAGGAGGGCUACGGGGGUAGGUUUUCCCAGGGAGGUCAGAACGCGACCUCUAGGCCAUCAGGUGACGGGGACCCUUCAGACUUCCAUCCCUGUAGCUUUGCUUCCAAAUCCGGUGUCUUCCCCACGUCCUGGUCAACGGUUCAGCCUCAGCCUUCUGCAGGGAUGACAGGGAUCUACCACCCGUAUGUGGCCCAGUCCCACCUUGCAGCAGCAGCAGCAACAGACAGCGGCAGAUACACAGUGCGCUCCUGGCUGGAUCCCAUCUCCAGCGCUGCGCCCUCCUUCUCUGGAUUCCAAGCUAACGGGCGCAACUACGGGAUCAAACCUGAGAGUGCUGCAAAGAGGACAGAGUGCUCAUCCUUUGCUUCCCAGGGACUCAGCCUGCCCGAAUACACGUGCAAUUCCUUCCCAGAAAGCACAGAGAAGCCCCCGGCCAAGGAGCCUGCAGCACCAGCCAGCGAGGAGUCCAACAGCACUGAACUAAAGGAAGAGAAGGAGCAACAGCAGCAACAAAUUGACCCAAAUAAUCCUGCAGCCAACUGGAUCCACGCUCGCUCCACCAGGAAAAAGCGAUGCCCCUACACCAAAUACCAAACUUUGGAACUGGAAAAGGAAUUUCUCUUCAAUAUGUACCUCACCCGGGACCGCAGAUACGAGGUGGCCAGGAUUUUAAAUCUCACCGAGAGGCAAGUUAAAAUCUGGUUCCAGAACAGGAGAAUGAAGAUGAAGAAAAUGAACAAGGAAAAGGGGAAUAAGGACCAAUAACCCGUUGGGGGAUGCACUGAUUUCCUUGUGUAAAAACAUGGAGCAGUUAAAUAUAAAUAUAUAUAUAUAAAACGGUCUUUUUUCCGCAGUAGAUGUAAAUGUGUAAUUGUAUUUGGUUUUGUUUUUGUUCUGAAAACUUAGUUUACUGCCAGUGCGCAUCGAAAGGUGCAACAUUUUAUCUGUUAAUUUUUUUUUUACAAUUCACUGUGAUUGCACGUUAGGUCUUACAGGUAGGUAUUGCGAUUUUGUUAUGAGUUCUAAUACAUCGAAAUUGUUGUAGGAUAGUAGAUUUAUGUACCUGGAAAAGUUAGGAGGUGCAGAUAGGAAUGCGUUGGCUGAUGUUAGCAUUAGGGCCACGGUUCAUAAAACAAAUGUUCUCAUUAGGAAUCUAGGCGCAGGGCAUUUUCAACAUAUUUACACGUAAACAGAAACCUAUAAUUUGCAUGGGCCGCCACAGAUCGAUUCUUUCUCUUCGUGUCAUGAAAUAAAGUGCAUAUUUACCUCUGCAACAUAUAGGAAAGGCCUAGGUUUAGAUGGCAAGGCUAGUUAUUUAUUUACGGUUUUCUUUUGAAACAGUUCUUAAAAAUUCAACUCGUUUCGUACUGAAUUAAAUACGGUGUGGAAUCUGGUUCAUAUUUUUGUGCUUGUGGAUGAGAAAGUGAAUCAGAUUGCAGGAAGGCGGAGGGGUGUUAAGAAAUAAAUGCCCAGUGCCGCUAGCUUUUGUUUAUCCUAUGUACAAAAAUGUCAUUCGAUGGUGUUUUAGAAACAGCACAGCUUUGAGAUAUGUUGAGGAUUUAAGGGCGAAUUUAUAAUAAUCUGGGGCAUUUAGAUAACUCAUUUUUCUGAUGGUUCCUAUAACCAGUGAGGCAUUCCCGAGUUACACUGGACUGUACUAUUCUCUGGCCAAAUGUUCUCAUGUGAAUCAGAUAUCCUUGUGGUUCUGUGUUUCAGAAGUUCCUUGAAUUCCCAUCUCUUGUUCCACAAUGCUCGCCCAAAGUUCACUGACUGAUACACUAAUAUAUAUAUUUUAAUUUAAACGAAAGCACUGAAAAUGGUUUUAUAUGUGUAUUAUUGUGGUUUGCUAUGUAAAAAUGACAUCCCUAGGAAUGGACAAUCUGUUGGCUGUAAUAAGGAGGAAACUAAAUAGUUCCAGCAUCUGUGCUUGGGAAGAAUAAGAGAAUUUAAGCAGUUGGGACCCCCUCAUUGUCUUAUAAUUCUUUUAAAACAGGAAGAAGCACGGUGCAAUAAAGCCAUUUGGAUGGCUAGACGUCUGGACUUAAUGGUUUUACGAUGUACCAUUGCGUUUUUUCUUUGAAACCAGUUUAUUUUGAUGUUUGUCUCAACUGACAACAAAAUCCUGAAAAACUUGGACUAUGUUUACGGUCAGCCUUUAGAUGCCCAGACUGGGAAAAUAAUCUGUACAAUGAGUUACAAAAAAAUCUCUACUUUUGGGGACCGGCCUUACAAUUUGAACUGAAAAAUACUGAAAUGGAGAGACAAUUUUUUUCCUAAUAACUGAUUUUUUUUUUAAACAGAUCAACCUAUGCUUGGUCUUUAAAUAUUUUAAUGGAGUAGCGCGUAAAACGAAAAUAAAAUGUCUGUGAUUGUGA